GUUUCAUCCGAAACAUCAACCCCGGCUGAAAGCUGUCGCCUUUUGUUUUUUUUUUUUUGGAGGGGGGAUCUUGUCGUACCGGUUUUUUCUUCCUUUUUCGCCAUAUGGAUUGUGGGUUUUUUUACCUGGGAUUUUCCUUUGCGUUCCUGAGAUUUCACAUGACUGUUUGUGCAUUGUGUUGCGAGAAAUUUGGGGGAAGAAUCACGGACAGGGAUUUUCCUUUGCGUUUCUGAGAUUAUUUCCCAUGACUGUUUAUGCAUUGUGUUGCGAGGAAUUUUGGGGGAAGAAUCACGGACAGGGCGAUUUGUUUUUUGUUCUAAUCAUUUGGCUCUUUUUUUCUUGGGACAGUGAUUAGUUGAGAGGAGGAAUCAAGAAUCGAGGGAGAGGGUGAGGGAGAUGGAGAUCGAGGAGGCGGGCGGCGCCGGGGAGGAUGAGCUGGAAAUGGAGGCUCCGAGCGUGAGCACGGUGGCGAUUGCGGUGAACGGGAGCAGGAACAGCAAGCACGCACUCAAGUGGGCUCUCGACAAGUUCGUCCCCGAAGGAAAGGUCCUCUUCCAGAUCUUGCAUGUCCGCCCCACCAUCAAGAUGGUGCCAACUCCAAUGGGCAAUUUCAUUCCAAUCACACAAGUGCGUGAAGACGUAGCAACUGCAUACAAGAAAGAAGUGGAAUGGCAAGCAAACAAUAUGUUGCUUCCUUACAAGAAGAUGUGUGCUCAGAGAAAGGUAGAAGCUGAAGCUGUUUUACUCGAAUCUGACGAUGUGCCUACUGCUAUAAGCGAAGAAAUCAGCAAAUUCAGUGUCUGCAAGUUAGUUUUAGGUUCUUCUAGCAGCAUAUUCCGAAGGAAAAACAAAGGAAGUAAGACUGCGACCAAAAUCUGUGAGUGCAUUCCAAGCUUCUGCACAGCAUACGUUGUCUCAAAAGGAAAACUAUCAUCUGUGCACUCAGCUACAUCUGAUGCCAUCGGAACACCUGAAUCCAUUUCUUCUUCAACUGUUUCAUCCCCAAGCUCUAGAAGCUUUUCAUCCAGUGUACCCUCAGAAUGGGGAGACACAUAUGGGUCAGCAAAUGUGUCAUUCCACCAGCCAUCUCUGUCAUCUCAGCGUGACCAAGCAAUUGCAAACAUGAAUAAGUUAUCCAACAGGAGAGCUAGCCCUUCAGGCAGUGGUGGGAGUGAGAUCUCCAACCAUGAUGAUACAGUCCUGACAAGUUCACACUCGAUCAAUUCAGAAACACGGUUCAGUAGCAGCAGCAGUGGGAAUUCUAUCUAUAAGAGCUUCAAUAGAGAUCGUUCAUUUGAUAACUCUGAUCAGGCAUCCGUGUCAGAUAUGGCAACAAAUCUGAAACAUUCUCAUGACCAGGAGUAUCUAAAGCUUGAGAUUGAGAGGCUGAGGGUUAAACUACGGCAUCUUCAGAAGCUUAAUGAGUUAGCUCAGAAAGAAUCAUUGGACGCCAAUCAGAAAUUACAUAAGUUGGGCAUCCAGGACAUUGAGGAUGAAAUUAAGCUUAAAGAGACAGAACUGACAGAAGAAAAGGUAAGGAGAUUGAUAAGGAAAAAAGAGAGAGAAGAACAGGAAGUUGCCAGAAGAGAAGAUCAAUUAAGAAAUGAAAAUGCUGAAAGUGAAGCAACAAAACAGAGUAAUGGCAAUCAGGAAGGUGAUGAGAAUAAGACAGGAGAGAGGAUUUUCGUGCGCUGUUUUGACGAGUAUAACAGGUAUACCUGGGAGGAGAUAAAAGCAUCGACUUUGUCACUGUCUGAGGAUCUUAUGAUUGGCAGGGGAUCAUAUGGUACAGUGUACAAGGCUAAGUUUCAUCAUACAGUUGCAGCAGUAAAAGUUCUGAACUCCCCUGAAGGCUGUGGAACUCAGCAAUUACAACAGGAGCUUGAGGUCCUAGGUAAAAUCCGGCACCCUCACUUGCUCCUGAUGCUAGGUGCAUGCCCUGAGCAUGGUUGCUUGGUCUACGAAUUCAUGGAAAAUGGCAGCUUGGAUGACAUGCUGCAACGGAGAAAUAAUACACCGCCAUUGACCUGGUUUGACCGUUUCAGAAUUGCUUGGGAGGUUGCAACUGCUCUUAUGUUCCUUCACAGUUCCAAACCAGAGCCUAUCAUACACCGGGAUCUGAAGCCCGCAAACAUAUUGCUUGACAGGAACUUGGUUAGCAAGAUAGGUGAUGUAGGUCUAUCAACUUUGCUUCCAAGUAUGGAUCAGUACCUGUCCACAAUGAUCAAGAACACUGCUCCAGUGGGCACUUUCUGUUACAUAGACCCAGAGUAUCAGAGAAGUGGCGUGGUCUCCAUGAAGUCCGAUGUUUAUGCUCUAGGGAUCGUGAUCUUGCAAUUGCUGACAGCGAAGUCACCAAUGGGGAUUGCCCAUGUUGUGGAGACUGCACUAGAAGAUGGACACUUCGUGGACAUUCUGGAUGCAGCUGCUGGGCAGUGGCCUUUGAAUGAGGCACAAGAAUUGGCUUUCCUAGCCCUAAAGUGUGCCGAAAUGAGGCGCAGAGACCGGCCCGACUUGAGCGAUCAUGUUCUUCCAGCAUUGGAGCGGCUGAAGGAUGUUGCAACCAAGGCCAGAGAAAUGGCUUUUAAUGGCCACCAAACAGCACCUCCAAGUCACUUCAUUUGCCCCAUACUUCAGGAAGUGAUGGCUGAUCCAUAUGUCGCAUCGGAUGGGUACACAUAUGACCGGAAGGCGAUCGAGCUGUGGCUAAGUAUGAAUGACAAGUCCCCUAUGACAAAUCUGAGAUUGCCUCACAAGAGCCUUAUACCAAAUCACUCGCUUCGUUCUGCAAUCAUCGACUGGAGAACAAAGAGUUAGUAGCUGGUACACAUUCUGGCCUGCAUUCUCCAGAAUGUAGCAGUUGAUGAUUGAUUUUCUUCUCAAGGUGUAAAUUUUUUGCAGAUCUCAUGUAGAAGUAGUCUUCAUGUUGGUUCCAAAAAUAAAAAAUAAAAUAAAAUAAGUGGUGUUCAUAAAGAGGUUCAAGUUGUGCAGCUUUAUCAAAUAGUAGUAGUAGAAAUUGUUUCCUACUAGCUCAUAGGCAAACACCUUCCACCUCACUGUCUUAGUGAAUGGUGAACAAUUAUUUUUUUCUCCUUUGCCAUUCAUAAUGAUGUGUUGUAAGCUUGUAAUUAGUGCUCUCAACAUUUGAUCUGAUUGUAGGAAAUCUUAAUGAAAAUUCAGUAUGAAGCUUUGUAUAGGGUUGUUGUUCUA